AGAUCUUGCCUAUUUGGUUUAAAGUAUGUCGGGCAACUAUUAUUGUCGGUGCGGUGGUUGUCGCUAAUGCAGCCGUCUUGGAGCUGUUGUGUACGGUCGUCCUGUCUAAGGCCUCCCACAAGAUCGUCUUCAUUUUGACUACAUUAGCAGCCUUCUUUGGUGCUGCAUGUAUCCUUUCAAUGGCCAUUUUAUGGGCCUAUAAGAUUCGCCAUGGAUUCCUGACAGGGGACGUAGAUGAACUGGUUCUGAAUCUAAGCUGGUCUUUCGGACUUUCUAUCGCUGGCGGACUUCUGGCCGGGAUAGGUGGAUUAUUGGUAGCAAUUGACUUCUGUCGUAAACCUACUUAG